CUCCAUGAGUCGCAAACUCUGCGCUAGGACUCCCUGUUGGAGAGGCCGGAGUCACUCGGGAAUCAGUGUCACUCAAUGCCCAAGGGGGCAGAGACUCAGGCCCUGCCAGGUCUUCUGCGGUGGAGAGAAAGGAAAGGAUACUGCUUUACAAAACCAGAACUGACCUUCACGUUGGAACAAGGAGAAGAUCCAUGGUUAUUAGAGAAAGAGAAAGGAUUUCUAAGCAGGACCUCCUGAGAAAACUCCCAACCUGAUGAAAUCUCAGAGAAGAGUCAAGAAAAUCAAGGCAAACAUUUGUGACAAGUUUUAUUCACCAAUAAAUUAUUGACUACAGAGUAAGAAAUUUCAGGAAAACCACAUAAUCAGGACAUAAACAUUUUUCCUGCCAGAAUGAUGCCUUUUAAAUGUGACACUGCAGGGUCUGCUUACCAGGGUCUGAGCCCAUUGGCCCCACACUGUCAAUAUUCAAAAGAAAAGGCUUAUGAGCAUAACGUAUGUGACAAAUGUCUCAUCAAUAUUAAGGAUGGCAGAACUAACACUCAAGAGAAAUCUUCGCUUACAGUAAAAUUGUGAAAACCCUCAGUCAUAAGGAGAAAGUUAUUCAACAUCAGAUAAUUCAGACUUUGGGGAAGGAUUUUGAAUAUAAUGAAAGUAGAAAAGCUUUUCUUGAAACGGCUUCCCUUGUUACAUCUAAUAGUACCCACCAUAAAGAAAAAUCUUUCGACUUCAAUAAAUUUGGGGAAAACAGAAAUUGAAAAAAUCAACCUUUAUUAUUCCUCAGAACAUUCAUCAAGAGAAGAGUCACUAUGAGUUUAAAGAUACUGGAAAUCAUUUCUGUAGGAUCACUCUCAAAACUGAUACAGAAGGGAAAUAUUUCAGCCCAAAGUCACACAUUAGAGAACAUCAUAGAAUUCAUAUAGGGAUGAAACCCUUUGAAUAUGGAAAAAGUUUCAACCAUAAUUCAGCCCUCCCAGUGCAUCAGAGAACUCAUGCAACAGAUAAAUCAUCUGAUUAUAACACAUGUACAGAGACAUUCAGCUACCAGUCAACUUUCAGUAUAUAUCAGAAAGCUCACAUAAGGGCAAAACCCUAUGAGUGUAAUGAAUGUGGAAAAUCCUGCUCUAUGAAUUCACACUUGAUUUGGCCUCAGAAAAGUCACACAGGGGAGAAACCCUAUGAAUGUCAUGAAUGCAGGAAAGCCUUCAGUGAGAAGUCAUGCCUAAGAAAACAUCAGAGAACUCACACGGGUGAGAAACCAUAUAAAUGUGAUGGAUGUGAAAAAACUUUCAGUGCAAAGUCAGGCCUAAGAAUACACCAGAGAACCCACAUAGGAGAGAAACCAUUUGAAUGUAAUGAAUGUGGGAAGUCUUUUAACUAUAAGUCAAUCCUCAUAGUACAUCAGAGAACUCACACAGGGGAGAAACCUUUUGAAUGUAGUGAAUGUGGGAAAUCUUUCAGCCGUAUGUCAGGCCUAAGGAAUUGUUGAAGAACUCACACAGGGGAAAGACCAUAUAAAUGUGAUGAAUGUGGGAAAGCAUUCAAACUGAAAUCAGGCCUAAGAAAACAUCAUAGAACACACACAGGGGAGAAGCCCUACAAAUGUAAUCAGUGUGGAAAAGCUUUUGGUCAGAAAUCACAACUCAGAGGACAUCAUAGAAUUCACACAGGGGAAAAACCCUAUAAAUGUAAUCAUUGUGGGGAAGCUUUCAGUCAAAAAUCAAACCUCAGAGUCCAUCACAGAACUCAUACUGAGGAGAAACCUUAUAAAUGUGA